CACAAUCACCACCACACUACUCAGUCUUUCAUACUCACAAUUGCUCAGUACUUUCACUAGCACCAACACUCGCAACAAUGGCCCCUCAACUUCUUGCUCUUGCUGCUCUUGCACUCCGUGCCACCACCAUGUGCCCUGCCGACCCUACCUGCCCUGCAAACAGUGGGUGCGUGACCAACAUCAAAGGAGUCAAGUUCCAGGUUGCCUGCGGAACUGAUUACUACGGCGGAGACUUGAUCCGUGCCGAGACUUCCACCAUCGGCGAAUGCAUGCAAGCCUGCGCUGCCGCCUCUCUGUGUGUCGCUGCCAGCUACGUCGGAAACAGCUGCUAUAUGAAGAAAACCCUCACCGCUGCCAUAUCUAAGUCCGACUCUGUUGGCAUCGCUAUCAUUUCCAAGAAGACCACCAUUACCGAUCAAGGCAAGAAGCCAAGGAAGGCCUGCCCCGUCAAUUUUGCCUGCCCUACUGAUAACGACUGCGCUUUCACAUCUGGCGGUCGCACUCUGGUUUUGACCUGCAGCAAUGACUUUUACGGUUUCGACCUUCGCAGCUUGUACGUCGACAGCCUCGAGGCUUGCACUCAGGCUUGUGCGGCUGAUGCCGAUUGCGAGGCUGCUUCGUUCACUGGUGGAGCAGGUUCCGGUCAAUGCUACCUGAAGAACACCAUGGGUCCCUCCAACGUCAAUGACAAUGUUAACUCUGUUUACGUCCUCACCCCUAAUACUGAGUAAAUACACCUAGUAUGCCUCGAACGGUCUUGUGUCCGCUUCAUAGAACAUGAACCUUGUAGCUGUUUAUUACGUACGGUUUCAGCUCUGGUACCAUCCUCUGCGAUUACGUUUCCGGUAACAGCUUAUGCUUCGGCUUAAUCAACGCUCUGAGUUUGUGUUAUGAUAUUACCAUGUAGUGCUUUACUUUAAUAUUAUUGUCCAAUAUAAUGUAAUUCUAAGCGUGC